AUGACCUGUGUCUUAAUUUGUAAUUCACCUAUUGGUUGUGACCUUUCAUUCCCUGGCAAUAAGUUGGUCUCCGGAGACCACUGUAAGAUCAUAGUGGAUGCAAAGUCUGGUCAGGUGUCACUGCAUGAUACCAGCACCAACGGGACAGUCAUUAACAAGCUGAAGGUUGUUAAGAAGCAGACCUGCCCUCUGCACACAGGGGAUGUCAUCUACGUGGUGUACAGAAAGAAUGAGCCGGAACACAAUGUGGCAUACCUCUAUGAAUCUUUACAGGAAAAGCCAGGCACCACGCACGAGCCCUUUGACACGAAUAAAGAAAAUGUGUUCCUCAUGACCAAAGAGACCUCAGGAAUAGGCAGUGGUGGUGAUGCCCCGGCCCUGCCCCUGUCACCUCCACCUGCCACCCCGGAAUGCUUUGAGGAGCCACAGCCAUCCACGUCGACAUCAGACCUCUUCCACACGGCCUCUACCUCGUCCAUGGAGCCUGCUUCUGUGGGACAGGAGAACCCCUCCGAGCCUGGCUUCCCCUCACAACAGGGAUGCGGUCUCACCAUGGUGGAGGAGGGGGCCUCCCGCGUCAUGGCUGUGCUUCCCGACAGAGGGGGCACGCCACCUUUGUUGGAGUCCCAGGAUCAGGAGGACUGGGAGCCCGUGAGAAAGAAGAUGAGAGACGCCGGGGAGGCAGUUCUCAACCCGGGUGAGGAUCCCUUGGCCGGCCGAGAGGACAGCCGAGCUACAGCAGUGAAGCCAGACAGAAUGGAGGAAACGCUCACCUGCAUCAUCUGCCAGGAGCUGCUGCAUGACUGCGUGAGCCUGCAGCCCUGCAUGCACACCUUCUGCGCCGCCUGCUACUCUGGCUGGAUGGAGCGCUCGUCCCUGUGCCCCACGUGCCGCUGCCUGGUGGAGCGGAUCUGCAAGAACCACAUCCUCAACAACCUGGUGGAGGCCUACCUCACCCAGCACCCAGACAAGGGCCGCACUGAGGAAGACAUGCGGAGCAUGGAUGCCAGGAACAAGAUCACUCAGGACAUGCUGCAGCCCAAGGUCAGGAGGUCAUUCUCAGAUGAGGAGGGCAGCUCAGAAGACCUGCUGGAGCUGUCAGAUGUCGACAGCGAGUCCUCAGACAUCAGUCAACCGUACAUCGUGUGCAGACAGUGCCCGGAAUCCAGGAGGCAGGCGCAGCCACUGCCCUGCCCAGGGCCCAACAAUGAGCAGGGGGCCCUGCAGGUCCCAGAGGAGGCCCCAUCCACAUCUGCUAGCCUCCCAACAGCAGCCCAGGACUACGUAUGCCCAGCCCAGGGGAGCCAUGCCGUCUGCACCUGCUGCUUCCAGCCCAUGCCUGACCGGAGAGCGGAGCGAGAGCAGGACCCUCGAGUUGCACCUCAGCAGUGUGCUGCCUGUCUGCAGCCCUUCUGCCACUUGUACUGGGGCUGCACCCGAGCUGGCUGCUUCGGCUGCUUGGCCCAGCUCUGCGAGCUCAAUCUUGGGGACAAGUGUCUGGAUGGUGUGCUGAACAACAACAACUAUGAGUCAGACAUCCUGAAGAAUUACCUGGCAGCCAGGGGCUUGACCUGGAAGAACCUGUUGACAGACAGUCUGGUGGCUCUGCAGAGGGGGGUGUUCCUGCUGUCAGACUACAGGAUCACGGGAAACACGGUGCUGUGCUACUGCUGCGGCCUGCGAAGCUUCCGGGAGCUGGCCUACCAGUAUCGGCAGAACAUUCCUGCUUCUGAACUGCCAGUGGCUGUCACAUCCCGUCCUGAUUGCUACUGGGGUCGCAACUGCAGAACUCAGGUGAAAGCACACCAUGCCAUGAAAUUUAAUCAUAUUUGUGAACAAACACGAUUCAAGAACUAAGUAUCAGAUGAAGUGCAGAAAUGACUGGCAAGCUGAAGUUUAAGUGACACGUUUUUCAAAGACUUUGCUCCGAACGUACGCAUCCUAAGGGCAUGCUUCAGGUUCCCUUCUCAGGGAGUCUUGGAGUCCAGGCGUGACAUUCACUUUGUGGCAUUUUCUCCUCGGGUGAGAUAUUCCCAAGUGCCCGGAGGCCUGGCCUGCCCGCCACCGUCUUCCCACUAGGUGCUUGACUCCAGCACAGGGUCCCGGGUCCACGAGCCCCGAGCUUCAGCGUCCACAGGCAGCCAGAGCCAGGCGUCUGAGAGCUUGCCAAUGGAAAACCAUGCUCCUCUGUACAGAUGACACGAUCGAGGUUUGGUCUUCCGACGUUUUCUACAACAUGUUUGCAGUACACCUCUUUGCAGGCAAAGCCUCCUUGGAGAAAAACAAGUGCAUCCGACCACCUUGUUUAGGGAAAAGGGGUGGGAGUUUACAGCUGCUGUGGGAAACCGCAGCUCUUGAUAUAUAGUUUUCAUUUCCGUAGGUUUGGUGCUUAUCUUCUAAUGAGACUUAAAUAUCACAGUAGUAGCACAAAUAAUAUAAUUUACAAAUUUACUAAAAUUUGAAAUAGUGUGGUAUUUGGAAGAAUGGUCCUGUUUCUUUUUUAAAAAGGAAAGGAAAAAAGAUCGGAAGUCCACGACUGCUAACCUUGGCGCUCCCAGGUGUUAUCAGCACCACUCCCCUUCAGACAAGUGUCAGUCAGUUGUCUGUCUGCGUGUCUCCAUGUGGUGGUGUGGUUCCUGUGCGCUGCUCACCUGCAGGCGGUGAGCGGUGAAGCCGGGCACAGCAGCCACCAGCACUCAGUUUCAGGGAUCUCUCAGGCAGGCCGGGACCCUGCCGAGCUCUUCUCCUCUUGUUCUUUGCCACAGCCAGAAGGUCGUCCUUGCUAAUUUCACAUCUUUCAUCCCUCUGUGUCUCUGGGGCCUUUGAAGAUGUGGUGUUGGUAGCCAGGUGCUGUGAGAGUACAGGACAGCCCCCUUGACCCAGCUCUGCCCUUCAUGUCCUCACCACAUGCUCUGGCCUCGUUUCCCUCUGUCAUCUUGCCAAGGCCCCAGAUCGCAUGGAGAGAGCACCUGAGGUCAGCUCUCAGUGUGGUGGGACCUCCGCUCCCUCUUACUGCUGCCCAUUCUGCCCAUAGUAGGAUCGCCAUCCCAUCUGGAAUAAUACUUGAAAUGCUGUUGGUUUUAAAAAACAAUGUGUGUGUGUGUGUG